CGUUUUUUUUGUGCUGAAGCAUUUGAGCGUUGCAUGCGCGCGAUUCUAGAAUGCUCUUCAUUUCUGCGAGUCAAAAAUUUACGGUUGCGGGCCGAUGUCUUUUUUUCACAACGAGUGUUCAGCAGAGUCAUGUCGAAGGGCGGCGGGCGGCUCAAGGGCUGCGGGAAGGCUUGCGGUUUCAAGGGCAAGGGUUCCGACGGCGGGCAGUUGGGGUCCUACGCUGUGGGCUCGGGCGUUGAUGGUGGUGGCUCUAGCCUUCCGCCUCCUUGGGCCGCGUUGCAGCCUGGCCUGCAGCCACCCAGCGAUGCAGCCCCUGCUCGCUGGACCUGCCCGUCAUGCGGCUGCAAGAAGGAUGAGUGGCAUUGGCGAUGUCGCAAGCACUGUGGCGCUUCGAGGACGUGGCUGUGCCACCACGGGGGAGCAGCGGGCAACCAGUAACAUGUCCGAUCACGGGCGCCCCGCGGAGCUCCUGGAGAAAGCAGGUGAUGUGUCUGGUGGGUCCAAGCACCGAGCUUUGGCCAAGCCGCCCCCACCGCCCAAGGAGCCAACCCUGCAGCACCAAGUGUCCAUGGCGCACUCCAGGAUGCGCGCUGUGGAGAAGCCGCAGCGAGAUGCGGUACACCGUUGCGAAGUGUGGAGUCUCCAGAAGUUGAGACAGCGCGGGUUCGUUUCUAAGUUGGCGGAGGAGUUGGAGCAAACCGAACAAGAGCACCGUCGCUUGGUCAAGGCCCUCCAUGCCGAGGCUGUAGCAGCGGAAGAGGCUUUUCCUGCUCCGAGCAAGUAUACCUUCUCGUCCAUUCCCGACGUGAGUUCCACGAAGGCGUUGGUCAUUGACCGGGCAAAGUUCCUUGGGAAUUUUGAUGAUUACAAGUUGUCUGAGACCGGCAAAGACCAGCUGGGCAAGCGAGGCCAGCAUGAUGGAGAUGGCGCAGUCAUUGUUUCCAAAAGCGUUGUAAGAGGCGGAACGCAUCAAGUCUCAACCGCGAGGACCUCGGCGGGCUGGCCAAGAAAAGGAAGAUUGAUGAGCCAGUUGAAGCACGUGGUGCCGACCAAGAGGCCACGGGGCAGCCAGCGGCAGCUUUUGCUGAUGGCGCCAGUGGCGCGGCUGCCGCGGGCCAGCAGGCUGGUGCAGGUCAGGUGGAUGUGGCCAAGGAGGCAGCUGAGCUGUGGGAGCUUGCUGCGAGGGUCAUGCGGCUUCCUCACCCUCAGCAAGCUUCUCCCCCUGCGAGCGCGUGAGCGCUGGCAGGGGGGUCGCGAUUCCGAGUCAAUGCUUUCUCCGCGCGGCGACAUCCUUUACCGAGUGGCACUACGACGGCGCGCCGGGGACAGGCGUCGAGCAUUUCGGGGUCACCGCGCCCUACUUCAAGGGCGAUGACAGCUUUCAGCGGGACAGCCGUUGGCAGGAGUCAGCAGAUUAGGCCCACUUCCCAUGCGCAGCCCCAUUCGCGGCAGUUGGUGGUCUCCUUCGACAUAGUCGUGAGCGCGGUCGAUUGGUCGGCUCCAUGUUCUCUGCUAGGUCAGCCUGUGACUCUGAUAUGAUGGCUUGCUACGCUGGUCCGGAUCCCGUCGAGCGCGGCUCGGCGUUGGACGCUUUUGGGGGCAUUCCAUUUUGUCGGGGGGUUUUAGUUUCAGAUCGGCAUGGUGGUCCCAGCUUUGGCGAGACGUUGCCUUGUCAGCGUGCAAUUCAGGGCCUUCGAUCCGCUCCUCGAAUUCGAACCAAGGUUGCAUUCGGCUGGCCGACGAUAUUGCCGAGACUCAAAUGUGGCCACACAGGUAUGCGGAGCAUGCUUGGCGUGACUUGUGCCGCGGGAUACACCGCAACCCCGGGAGGGGGCAGAUGGUCGUCAAUGUAGGCACGGUGCGAGAACAGUUCGGCUCGGGUGGAAGCCGUGGCCCAGAGCCUGCCCGCAGACAACAGGUUUCCCCACCACCCAGAGCUGUUUGCCCUGUGGCUUGUGCUGUUUCAACGGAGGUGGAGGCGCCCCCUGCCGGCUCGGAGCCCCCGCCGUCUCGGAGGAGAAUCGUGAGCAGGGCCGCGAGGUCCGAGUCGCCGCGCGGUCUCUUCGCCUUCUUCUUGAGGCGGCCAGCUGCGGCCGCCCCUGCGGCGAUCCGUGCGACUUGGAGUCGGGAUCUGACUAAGCACUGCUUUUUCCUUCCUGUCCUCCUGGCCCAUGGGGCCGUCGGAGGCAGGUCCGUGGUUCGCUUCUCGCACCGCUGGCAUGGUGUUGCCUGCCGCUCGGUGCCCGAAUCACGUGGCAGUGAUGGCGUUGAGGC